CAUACCAGCAGACGUGAAAAGGACGCCCACAAAACGCCCCCGAGAUCACGAUAUGUAUUGAAAAGUCAUCGUACAGCCGAUGAAUUACUCGUCAGUAGACGGGAAUUCGACAGGCCAACAGCAGACGCAGAUUAUUUGGAUUUAUUUAUUCAUAAAAGUCUUGUGCAUCACACGCUAUGGAGAGCAGGUCUUCGUCAACAGACAGAAGCCCGAGAAAUAAAACCCUAAAUAUCUGUGCAACAAUGAAGAAUUAAACAAAUCGAAUGGCGUACUCCUCAGGAUCGAGGCGGGGAACACCCCUGAAGGGCAAGUCCAAGAGGCGGCGAGGUCUCUUCAGUAAAAAUCUGAGCCUAACGUUGCUCUGCAUAGCAGCAAUUUUUACUGUGGGAAUACUUCUCCACGACAGUAUUGCAAACCCUCUGUCUUCAUCCAAAUCCCCGAAUCCAGUUCGACCGGGCAAGAAAUCAGCGGGGACAAGCAGAUCCCUAUCAGUAAUUUCAGGCGCGGAAUUCAAUUCAUCAGCCGAAGCGAGAGUAGACAUAACGACCAAGAAUCUCUACGACAAAAUAGAGUUCUUGGACAUCGAUGGAGGGCCGUGGAAACAGGGUUGGAAAGUUCGCUAUGCGGGAAAUGAAUGGGAUUCUGAAAAGCUUAAGAUUUUCGUGGUGCCGCAUUCGCACAAUGAUCCUGGCUGGCUGCUCACCGUCGAGGAGUAUUACCUUUCCAAGACACGCCAUAUUUUGGAGACCAUUGUUCACGCGCUUAUUAAGGAUCCCCGCAGGAAGUUCAUUUGGGAGGAGAUGUCAUACUUGGAAAGAUGGUGGAGAGAUGCUUCUGAUUUGGAUAGAAAGAACUUUAUAAAGCUUGUUCAGAAUGGCCAAUUGGAGAUUGUAGGAGGUGGCUGGGUGAUGAAUGAUGAGGCCAAUUCUCAUUACUUUGCAAUCAUUGAACAGAUGAUUGAGGGUAAUAUGUGGUUGAAAGAUACUGUUGGUGUGAUUCCAAAAAAUGCCUGGGCUAUAGAUCCUUUUGGUCACUCACCAACGAUGGCAUAUCUGCUUCGUCGCAUGGGUUUUAAUAACAUGCUAAUUCAAAGAACACAUUAUGAGGUAAAGAAAGAGCUAGCAUUGCACAAAAAUUUGGAGUUCAUGUGGCGCCAGAGUUGGGACACGGAUGAAAAUACAGAUAUCUUUUGCCAUAUGAUGCCCUUCUAUUCUUAUGAUAUACCACAUACAUGUGGACCAGAGCCUGCUAUUUGCUGCCAGUUUGACUUUGGUAGAAUGCCUGGUUUUGGUUAUGGAUACUGCCCAUGGGGACAACAUCCAAUUGAGACUAAUCAUGCAAAUGUUGAAGAAAGGGCCUUGAAGCUCUUGGAUCAAUACAAGAAGAAGUCUACCCUGUAUAAAACAAAUACCCUUCUGGUACCUUUGGGAGAUGAUUUCCGUUACACAAGCUUGGAGGAAGCAGAAGCACAGUUUAGAAAUUAUCAGCUACUGUUUGAUUAUAUAAAUUCUCACAAAAAGCUCAAGGCAGAAGCAAAGUUUGGGACACUUGAAGAUUAUUUCCAGACUCUUCGGUUGGAGGCAAAGAGGGAUUUUGCAGAGGAAGCAGAUGCAUCUGUAGUCCCAGGUUUCCCUACUUUGUCUGGUGAUUUCUUCACUUAUGCUGACAGGAAUAAGGAUUACUGGAGUGGGUACUAUGUUUCGCGACCUUUUUACAAAGCAGUGGAUCGUGUGCUUGAGGAGACGCUCCGUGCUGCAGAAAUCCUUUUUGCUUUUGUUCUAAGUUCCUGUCAGAAGUUGCAAUGUGCACAGUUCCCCCUGUCAUUUGCUGAAAAGUUGAUAGCUGCACGGCGGAACUUAGCUCUUUUCCAGCAUCAUGAUGGGGUCACAGGUACUGCUAAAAGCCAUGUAGUGCAAGAUUAUGGAACACGUAUGCAUACUUCAGUACAGGAUCUGCAGAGUAUAAUGGCCAAGUGUGUUCAAGCUCUUCUUGAGGAUGAGUUUGACAAAGGUGAAUACAAAGAUAGUCAGUUGUCUCAAUUUGAACAUGAGCAAGUUCGAUCAGUGUAUGAUAUGCAACCCAUGCACAGAGAAAUUGAUAUUCCGUAUCAGAAAGUUCAAUCUGUUGUUUUCUUUAAUCCACUAGAGGAAAUUGUGGACCAGGUUGUCAUGGUUGUUGUUAGCCGGCCAGAUGUUUGUGUGAUAGAUUCAAAUUUGUCUCCCUUGGAAAGCCAAGUUGCUCCUGAGUGGGGAUAUGAAAAAGGUAAAUAUGCUACGGGCAGGCACCGGUUAUAUUGGCAAGCUUCUAUUCCAGGUAUGGGUUUGCAGACCUACUAUGUAGCUCAUGGGUUGACUGAAUGCAAGAAAGCCAAUUUGACACGCCUUAAGGUUUUUGAUGGAAUGCAAUCUUUCACCUGCCCUGCCCCAUACGAAUGUUCAAAAUUGGAAGGUGAUGAUGCUGAGAUUGCAAACAAACACCAGACACUUCUGUUUGACGUCAAGCAUGGCUUGCUAAAAACUGUUAAACAGCUUAAGGAUGGUAGGCAAAUUGAUUUAGAAGAAGAGAUUGGAGUCUAUUCAAGCUGGGGAAGUGGUGCUUAUCUGUUUAAGCCAAAUGGGGAAGCACAACCUGUCGUGCAGCCGGGUGGAAUAUUUGUGCUAUUGGAGGGCCCUCUUUUGCAGGAGGCUUUCUCAUAUCCCAAGACAAUAUGGGAUCAAACACCAAUCUCACGUAGUACCCGCAUUUAUAAUGGGAAAAACACAGUACAAGAGUUUUUGAUUGAAAUAGAAUAUCAUGUGGAGCUUGUUGACUAUGUAUAUAAUGAUAAGGAGUUAAUAGCUCGCUUCAAAACAAAUAUCAAUAAUGAAAGGAUUUUCUUCUCAGAUUUGAAUGGGUUCCAAAUGAUACGGAGAGAAACAUAUGAUAAAAUCCCACUACAGGGGAAUUAUUACCCAAUGCCAUCUCUAGCAUUUUUGCAGGAUUCCAGUGGUUCUCGUUUUUCAAUACAUUCUCGACAGUCAUUGGGGAUAGCAGGGCUUAAGAAUGGUUGGUUAGAAGUUAUGCUUGACAGGCGUUUGACACGUGAUGAUGAUCGUGGUAUGGGGCAAGGUGUGAUGGAUAACCGACCUGUGAAUGUGGUCUUCCAUCUUCUUGUUGAGACCAAUGUGUCUUCCCUGACAUCUCUAUCUAGCUCAUCACCUAGAAUGCCAUCUCUUCUCUCUCACCGUGUUGGUGCUCAGCUGAACUACCCGGUACAUGCAUUUUUGGGAAAACCACAGGAUAUCUCUAUUUUGGCAACACCAUCUAAAGCAUUUUCACCUUUGGCUGUUAGUUUCCCAUGUGAUCUCCAUGUUGUCAGCUUAAAAGUGCCUCGCCCAGGAAGCUUUCUCCAAUCUACUUCUGGAGAACCAAGGUUCUUUCUUAUCUUGCAGAGGAGAGGAUGGGAUGCAGCUUACUGCAAAAAGGGACGCCUACAGUGCAGAAGAUUGGCUGAUGUCCCCAUGGACAUUUUCUCCAUGUUCAAAGAUAUAUCUACUUAUAAUGCAAAAGCAUCUUCACUUAAUAAUCUACAUGAUGACCCAGAGGAGUCUGACUACAAUGGAAAAUCUCACAGGAAGGAACUGAUAAGCAUAGAGCAGAAGGGCUUAAUAAGCUUGGCCCCCAUGGAACUUAAAGCAUUCAAGCUGGAACUAAGAGCAUACAAGUGAUUUAUGAUUUCUGGAUUUCCUCAUAAGAAACUGCCACUUGCGUUUACCAGAGCGGGCAUUUGACUCUAGAACUGCCUUUUAUGUACUAUAGUUUGAUUUUCUGUUUUUCUGAUUCAUCCCAAGAUAGUCCUCACUUCAUUUGGGAAAACUUGAUAUGCGGCGUAUUCUGGUGGUGCAAGAUGAGUAAAGCUACAUCUAGUUUGGGUAGCUUUUAGUUCAAAAUGUUCAAUUGAGUUGAGGAUGGAUGUAAUAGAGGUAGCUGGCAGGAGAUUAGGGCUUUUGUAGUUAAUAUUAUUUAUUUCUUUAUUUCCUUCUAAAGUCUUUUCAACAAAUAAAUGAAUAUUGUGCUUUCAAAGAAAACCGUGUUGCAGGUGAUGUUUUGAUUACUUGGUUUAUAUUACCAUUCUUAAGUUUGCAAAUGAUUUACAGGGGACAUAAUUGUUGCAAUUCUGAAUGGAGUUGCUAUUAAAUUUUGGCGAAAAUGGAGUCAGAAGUUACCUUCCAAUUU